AUGCGUUACACCCCUCUCAUUGUCGCUUCCCUUGCCUCGGCGGCGGUUGCCGACUUCACCUUUUACUGCUGCUCUAUCAACGAUCCCAAAGGGAUCACAAGAGGUGAUAUUGACUGGGCCCUCACUGCUAAAAACGGCCGCAUAGGCGAGUUGGGUAUCGCAGGAGGCGCAAAGUAUUCUUGGAUCACUGGGUCAUGCCGUGUUGGGAACAACCAGCAGCCUUGCGCUAGAGUCAGUACUUCGGCUAGAACAACGGAGCGUGGCGGAACUAAACUCAAGGGAGGGUACCUCGCCUGCGAAGACCCCUUGUACUUGAAUAACGAUGGCUGGCACUGCCCAUUUUAA